AUGGAGAACUCGAAUUUGGACCAACUUACGCCAGAGGAUGAUCUUUCGCUGCUAUCACAGUUGACUCCUCAGUUGGAAGUUAGUAUGAGCAUGGACUUACAACCAUAUACGUCGCCUGAAUUCUGGGAGGCAUGGUUGGCUGAGUUAGUUCCAAUGGCCUGUCCUGACUCGCCUGCAGGCCUGGGGGCUCCCAUUGCCAAUCUAAGCAACGAAAUUUCUCAAAGCUGGCAUGGGCCGUUUCCUGUCACACCUAACCUGCAUGAUCAUCUAAAUAAACGCGAGGUUUCUGCAGGAUUAUCUGAUUCUAGUGACCCAAUAUCAACCAAGACUGCGGCCAAUGUGAACGACAUUGCCACAGGCUUAAAGGAUAACAAUUCGGAGCCUGAGAUGAUUGAGCAGAUAUCCAGGUUGGAUAGCUUUCGAGCCGCAUAG